UUUUUUUCCUUUUUUCAGAUAACACCGUGAUACGAGACUUAUUUAUUGAAAUAUAUUUUCAGGAAUGAAGUAGACAAGCAACAUAGAAAAGGUGUAAUUAUUUAUAAGUAAUGACAGUUCAUUUAUCUUUAGACGCAUAUUUGUUCUUUGUGAUUAACCCAAAAAGUCUUUGGUGGAAGCAAGGAAACAAAUACCUGUAUUUGUAUAGACCUAAAGUCUGCUGGGGGAUAAAUCAUGCCGUUCGCCUCAGAGUUUUUCAUACAAGCGAGCCUCGGUGUAAAUGGGCCAGAAGCAGAACAUUUUGGUAUAACAAAUACAUUUACAGCCAUGACUUUUUGUACUACAGAGUCUCUAAACUUUUAACUUCUUCUUCCAAAGGACUUGCAAAAGUGAACAAUCGCAUGUCACGAAUUAAGAGUACCAUAGAAUCUGUUUCAAAGGCAGUGUCUGGCACUCACAGUGAGCUGGUUUCACGGAUAGCUCGAUUAAAGUCACACUCAGGUACUCUGGGAAAAGCAAAUAAAAGUAAUGCAGAUGCAAAUAACAUCAAUGCAAAUCUAGAAAAUGAUAAACAAGUCACAGAUGCCAGAACUCAGGAUUGCAACAGAGGCCCAGCUGCAAAGAAAUCCACUUGUGCAAAUGAAAACUGGGAGUCUAUGUUAGUAAGUUCAAGUGGCACUUACCAAGAUAGUCCAGAAGAUUCAGCGUCUACUAAAACCCACCUUUUUCAUAUAAGCUGCUUUUCUACAAAUUUUGGAGAGACUUACAACUUCGUAGCUGAUCAUAUAAACGGGUACUUUAAUUAUAAUUCUGUUAUGGAUCAAGAGAAAAAAAGGAAUGCUUUAUUACAGGACUCUAAAAGCGAAGAGAGGAAUAAGCUCGAUUCAUCAGAAAAUACUGUAAUGAGUGAAGAAAAGACAGUGGAUUCAGCAGCUGCUGUAGCUCCUGAAGCAGAGACUGUGGGUCCUGAAAAGACAGAUACUGCUCUUCCAGUUUCCACUAAAAAAAGUAUUGCAAACUUUCUUUCAUAUCCCAGUAACAGUGUACAAGCUUUUGUAGACAGUUACAUUGGUGGGUUGGUUCCCAAGUUACGAUCCGACACAAAAGUUGUUUCACAAGAAAAGAGUAAACAACCAGAACAAGAAGGGUCUGAGAAAGGUGAGGAGGACAAAGGAAAAGAGGCUAAGACCGCAGAAGAGAGGGAAAAGCAUCUGUCUCUUCAGAGAGAAAAGAUUAUUGCAAGAGUGAGUAUUGAUAACAGGACUCGAGCUUUAGUUCAAGCCCUACGAAGAUCCUCUAAUCGAAGAGUCUGUAUCAGCAGGGUUGAAGAACUGACCUAUCAUCUUCUAGAAUUUCCAGAGAGCAGAGGAGUUGCAAUUAAGGAAAAAUUAAUCCCAUGCCUACUGCGUCUGAGACAGGCAAAUGACGAAAGUCUUCAGGCUGCUGUUAGAGAGACUUUAGCUAUACUUGGAUAUACAGACCCUGUGAAAGGCUGGGGCAUUCGAGUCCUCACUAUUGAUGGAGGAGGAACAAGGGGGUUAGUUGCACUUCAGACUCUACGGAAACUAGAAGAACUAACUGGAAAGCAGGUUCAUCAACUUUUUGACUACAUUUGUGGUGUAAGCACAGGAGCAAUAUUAGCGUUUAUGUUGGGGUUGUUCCAUAUCCCUCUGGAUGAUUGUGAAGAACUGUAUCGCAAAUUAGGAUCAGACGUUUUUAAGCAGAAUGUCAUUGUUGGAACAGUCAAAAUGGGUUGGAGCCACGCCUUUUAUGACAGUGAUAUCUGGGAAAAAAUGCUCAAAGAAAAAAUGGGCUCAAAUCUUAUGAUUGAAACUGCAAGAAAUUCCAAAUGUCCGAAGGUAGCUGCAGUAAGCACCAUUGUAAACAGAGGAACACCACUGAAAGCAUUUGUUUUUAGAAACUACAAUCACUUUCCUGGUGUUAAGUCUCAUUAUAUUGGAGGCUGUCAGUAUAAACUGUGGCAGGCCAUUAGAGCAUCAUCUGCUGCACCGGGUUACUUUCAGGAAUAUGUUUUGGGCAACGAUCUUCAUCAGAACUGGGCGAGCAGGGUAUCUUCACCAGAGAGUUUUCAUUGGAACGUGUGCUUACAAAAGGAUGGAGGUCUGCUUCUAAAUAAUCCUUCUGCACUGGCAGUUCAUGAGUGCAAGUGUCUUUGGCCAAAUGUUCCACUGCAGUGUCUAAUAUCGCUGGGCACUGGUCGAUACGAAAGCGAGGGCAAGACCAAUGUCACAUACACCAGUUUGAAAGCCAAACUCACAAAUGUUAUCAGCAGUGCAACUGAUACAGAAGAAGUUCACACCAUGCUGGAUGCACUGUUACCGCCAGAUACUUAUUUCAGAUUCAACCCUCUUAUGAAUGAAGACAUACCUCUGGAUGAAAGUCGUAAAGAGAAACUCAAUCAGCUGCAGACAGAUGGAAUUCGUUACUUAGAACGAAAUGAAGAAAAACUGAGAAAAGCUGCAAAAAUAUUAACACAAGAAAAAACAACUUUGCAGAGACUUCAGGACUGGAUAAGAUUAAAGGCUGACAUGUAUGAAGGCCUUCCAUUUCUUUCCAAACUGUGAAUAUGUAAUGCAUGAAAGAUCGUAAAUGUAAAUCUUGUUCCAGAAAAUCCGUUCAGUACUGUAAAGGAAGAAUGUUUACUGGGGGUAAAUAACAUCUUUGGAGAGCUAUCACAAUUCUGGAGAAGGCAAUUCAGGAUGGCUGUUUUGUCCACACUCACUUGAUGCAAGGUUUUAUGGUGUUAAUUAUUUUUUGAACUUUAUGGAUCUUACUGUUCCUCUACUUCAGUUUCUUAAAGUCGGUAAACCUGAAAAUUAUGAAAACAGUUGUGCUAUGCAUUUUUGGAUGUAUGUACCAUAAUUAUGGUGGCAGUAAAAGUUUAUUUAUUGACUACCAGGCUUAUUCAAAAUUAACAAAAAAGAAAAUCCUCAUUCAUUUUAGUAUAGGCAAUAUACCUGUUAGGCUCUUAUGUAGCCAGUGAAUUUAAUAGAAAUGUAACGUUCUUACAAAACUUUUGCCUGUGUUAAUUGCACUUUUACAUUUGAAAGAUAACAUUUAAAUCCUUUUUUUUAUUUUCAGUGUUUUUUGUACAUAACAACAGUAUUGAGUAAGAUGUUUGGAUGACUAUAAAUGGCAUAUUAAAUUAUCAAAAUUAACUGAUACUUUUAGGACUUGCUGUUUAUUGUUUUUAUUGGGAUAACUUCAGAUUGGUUCAUUCAUUUUUUGAAAAUAAUCCCAAGCCCCAAAACUUCACUUGAGCAGCUAUUCCUGUCACAGGAUAAAGGAAAUAAAGUCUUGAAAUAGUUCACGUGAGUGUGAAGCUUACCAUAGAAGCUUCAGUUUUGGAUGCCAAACUUCAGGUGUCUCUAGUCAAGAAGAAAAUUUGCAGUUGAUACAUGAAAUAAUAAAUUACGCAUUUCCUCCUGUCUUUUAACUUUCA